CACUCAUUUUCACAAAAACCAGAACUGCUUAAUUUUGAAGGACUGCUGGCGUCUACGAACGACAAUUAGAACAAGAACAACCACUAGAGCAAGCACCGUACGGCACAACCGAUUCAGAUACUGCGUUUGCUUGUUUUUCUUAUUUGACGACCCACAAGGCAGGUAAUAAAAGCAUCUAGAGGACUGUACCUAUUUGAUCUAUUUACGAACCCAUCAAGUUGUUUCAAGACUCUUUUUCUACCGAGCAAUAACGAACAAAGGAAACUACUGAUUCUGAUACAUUCGUUGAGCAUGUCGGGUUACGAAGUCCUCCCGAUGCGAGCCGAGCUUUACACACCAGCGAACAAAAUAUCUGCAUGGGUCAGCAAAAAGGAGGACAACGUGGCCAGGGACCAAUCCAAGGAAUACCAAGGCAUGUGGGUCGUUGAGGACUAUGCGUUGGAAAAGAAGAUAUUUAGCGAAAUUUGGAUUUUCCAUGACGACGAUGAAGAGGGCAUCGACAGGCGUGUCCUCAAAAACAAUCCACUCCAGGGCAAAUGGGGAUACAGACCUGGAGUAAAUCCCAGCAAGGCCGAGCCAAAAGAUAUGUGGUUCUUUCCACCGAAUUCUGCGAGAUGUAAGAUCCCUCAAGAGAUGCAGGAGUACAACCACAAGGGGACGUGGGUCAAGCCUACAUACAAACGAGAUUUCAGUCAAUUGGGGAGCAAUUCUUCUGGAUUUAUUAAUGUUAGCGGGGCCAUGAAAAUUGCAAAGGGGGGGAAAUAUUCUGUUCCGGGACGAUGGAACGUGCUGGGUUAUAAUGACGACGUCGUUCGGGGAAGGCCGAAGAAGCAAGAUGACGACGACCGCACCAAAGGACUGUGGAAAAUAUUCGUUCGAACACCGUCUGGCGAAUGCUUUCCGAUAUUUGCUAUUCCGGGGACCAAGAUAGCACAGUGUAAAACCAAAAUAUACGAUGAGAAAGAGAUUCCUGUAGAAGAACAACGUCUAUCCUUUUAUGACGUCCCUCUGAAAGAUGAAAAGACAUUAGUCGGGUCUGGCGUCCGCAAUGGCGACACCAUCGAUCUCGGUCCAAUUAUUGUCCAUGUUCGAACUCGACAGGGGAAGAAAUAUUCGUUCGAAGUCGAUCCAGAUGAGUUGGUGGAGAAUCUUAAGAAAAUGGUCGAGAAACGCGAGGGAACCCCUGUAAACGAACAACGGCUUUAUUUCAAAUUGAAAGAACUGGUCGACGGAAAACCAUUGUUGCACUUCAAUAUUCGACACAAAAGCUCAAUUGUUUUGGGAUCGAUGAUGAUUUAUGUCCAGCCUCUAAGCAACACACCGAAAAUUCCACUAGAUGUCGAGCCCACAGAUAUUCUCAAAUCGGUGAAAGUGAAGGUAAAAAAUCGCAUACAAGUGCCAGUCGGGAGCCAGAGGCUCAAGUUUAAAGAAAAAGAGAUGCUGAAUGAUUCCAAAAACCUUUUGCAGUACAAGCUCCGUCAUCUCGACGUUAUUUUCAUGAUUAACAGCGAAAGUUGUCGAGUGAGCAAUGAUCAACAGAAUCCUGCGAUGACUAUUUAUAUUGUCAAAGAGUGGAACAAUCAUAAAGUUAAACUCAAAGUGGAACCAAAGAAUACGGUUCUUGACGUCAAGAAAAUGAUCAAAGCUUUGGAAAAUAUUCCUAUCAACGAGCAAAGGCUGAGCUUCAACAAUAAAAGCAUUUACAACAGCAGGACCCUACACCAAUCCAAAAUCAGAAAUAAGAGCAUCCUGCACCUGAGGAAACCGAAUAAUAUUGAGGAGGAGCCUCCCGAAAUGAAUUAUCCUGCCACGGUUGAGAUUGAAUUGCCCGACAGGACAAAAAUGAAUAUCCCCGUGACGUCUUCUAUUGCAUUCUCUGAUAUCAAGGACCAUAUCGAAAUUAUGAACGGCAUUCCAAAAUCGAAACAAAGGAUAUUCUUUUUUGACAACGUAGAAGACGAAGUUAAAGACAAUGCUAGCGUUUUUCCCCGCGGUAUAAACAACGAGCACGGUCCGAUUGUCUUAAAACUUCAAAAGGAUCCCGAUUGUCUCCAAGUAAAGACAACCGAUGGGAGGUCUUUUUAUUUUGAUUAUGAUCCUGCUGCUGAUACAGUCAAGGACCUCAAACGAAAAGCUGCCAAGGCUUUAGGGUUUCCUUUGAAAGAUUUCCACCUGAUUGGCGAUGAUGAUGAAAGAAUUGGGGAUGAUGAUGACAUGCCUCCAGAUGGAACUAUCCUGAAUGUAGCUUCGCUUGUUAUCGUCGAAUUGCCCAACAAGACCAAACUUAAAGUUCCUUUGCUUCCAAAAAUGAGCUUCGAUGAUGUAAAGGAUAUCAUCGAAGAAAAAACUGGUGAACCAAAAGCAAGCCAAAGAAUUUUUUUCCUUGAUACUGAAGGGAACGAGCGUGAUGACUAUACCCCUAUGAAGAAAGCAAAAAUCAAGCCAGGCUCGACUCUGCAGAUGCGUUUGGUACCUUCUGAGCCUAACAGCAUGGUUACUGUGAGAUCACCAGAUGGACGAUCUUUUUAUUUUGAGUUUGAUCCUGCCAAUGAUACAGUCAAGGAUCUGAAGACCAAAAUGGCGAGGCAGUCCGAUGUGCCUGUCAAUAAACUCCCUUCUUUCUUAUUGGACGAUGUUGAAGUAGAUGACAAUUAUCCCAUAUCCAAGGAUACUGUAUUCCACUUCAAGCGAAAUAGAUUGAGAAUAGAACUUUCCACGGGUGAGCGGCUUAUGAUACCCACUUUCCCUAUGCAAACUAUCGGCGAAAUCAAGGACGUUGUCGAGGAGAAAACAGGUGUCAAUAAGGCAGACCAACGAAUCUUUCAUUCUGAAAGCGAUGAAGAAAUCGACGACGAUGUACCCCUAGCAUCGGCCAAGGUCAAGAUAGGAAUUCCACUCAAAAUCGUCUGCCAAAGGAACAUAAAGGAACCAAAGGAGAUCGAAGUGAAAGAUCCUUCAGGUAGAACUUUCCAAUGCGUGAUAGCCCCAGAUGAAAGUGGUAGGGAGAUUAAAGAGAGGAUCGCCAGAAAAAUUGAAUUUCCCAUUGGUGGAUUCAAAUUAGACAACAAAGAAUGGAAAGACGUUGAUGACGAAACAUCACUAGAGGAGGCAGGAUUCCCAGUAAGGUUUGGAGGCAUCAUGGAAGUAGACCCAGCAGAAGUAGAAAUAGAGCUCCCAAACUCGAAAUCGAUGAAAUUAAAAUUGCUGCCAACGAUGACAAUUCGGAAUAUACGGGAACUUAUCGAGUUGGAAGCACCCGCAUUGUCAACCAAUGAUAUAAAGAAACGUAUGUUUUUCUUCGAUGGUAUUGACGAAUUGGAUGAUGAUACCCCGUUUGAGAAACUGAAAUUUGAGAACGGAUAUAAAAUUGAGACGCAAUCGAUUCUGAUGAAUAUUCACCAUUGGAACGGGGAGAAAUUUAAACUUAAAGUGCAUAAUGAUUGGUACAUGGAUGACAUCAGAGAUCGGAUAUGUGCAUUGACUGGCAUUCCACCAGAGAAGCAGAAUAUUUCUUUCAAGGGUGAGCCAGUCAAGGAGGACUUACAGUUGACGAAACAAGGGGUUGUGCAGGGUUCAACUCUUUUCCUAGAGCCAAUGUCUUUGCGUGUAAAUGUUCCUCACAGAGAGAAACCAAUGCGUUUCGUCGUGAAACCAACAGAUACCGUUCAUGAUAUGAAACGAAGAGCCUUGGAAAAACUUGAGAAGGAAAGGAUCGGUCCAAUGAGAAACUACUAUGUGAUGGCUGGUGGACAGGAACUCAACGACAGGGAAACCAUAGAGAAAUGCGGCAUUCAACACGAUGAUCUCCUAAUUGUCGAAGAAUUCAAGCUGUAUAUCAUGCACUGGUUUGGUAAAAUUAUUCAUGUAGAUGGUAUACAACGGGAUGAUACUGUUGCUUCUUUAAAAAAACAGAUUAUGAGAACAGAGGAUAUGCAUGUGAGGGAUCAAAUACUUUCGCUGAAUGGGAAGAAGCUGAAAGACAUGAAUACACUCGAAAAGGAAGGGGUGAAGCACAGAGCAACGCUCAUCCUGGAACCUUUAAUGUGUAAUGCUAAAGAUCCAGAAGUUGAGAAAAAAACUGUCACAAAAAUGAAAAUUAAGCAGUUCAAAACAAUUAGAGCUGACGAAAUCAUGCCGGUCAUGCCUGACUGGAGAAAAAGAAUUUUCUUCUUUGAUUAUGAUGAUACUUUUGAUGCUCAUAUUGAAUUGGUCAUCAUGCAUUGGACAGGAGAGAGCUUCACUUUGAAUGACAUUCUCUUAAAAAUGCAGGUCAGUACGAUCAAGAAUAAAAUAUUCAGAGCCAAAGGAAUCGAGAAGAAAAAGCAGAAAAUCAAAUUUUCUGGGAGAAUUCUAGAUGAUAAGAAAACAUUACUUCAAGAGAGCGUCAGUCACAGGUCAAUAUUGGUAUUGGAAUCGCCGAUUAAGAACAGGAUUGCCAAUCCUAGAGUUACAAGAGUGAGUGGGAUAGAUUUGUUUGGAACGGUUCCGACGAAAGUCCUCGCCAACAUAAAUAUCAAAGUGAAACACUGGAAUGGUGAGACCCUCAGUCUCAGUCCUGCUCCCAACUAUUAUAUCGACGAUGUCAAGGAUCUAAUCAGCAACAUGAAAGGGAUUCCUGUUGAAUCAAUUCGGCUUUGGUUUCACGGAAAGCUUGCUGAUGAUUGCAUGAAUCUCAAAGAACAAAACAUUGUCGAAGGUUCGAUAUUAUUAAUGGAACCAAUGCGAGUAUUUCUUGAGCUUCCGAAGCCAAAAAAAGAACUAAAAUCCAUGAAUGUCGAGGAAGAUCAACAGGUUUCUGCCGUCAGAAUGGAAAUUUCGAAGCUGUCAAAAAUUCCUUUCGAAUGGAUUUGCAUUAUGUUUGGUGGAGAGGAACUCGAUUACUCGAAAACAAUAUCUGAAAACGAUAUUAAGCACGAAGAUACGCUAAAAGUGGAAACUUAUGAAGUAAGGAUAAUGGAUUGGUCGGGUAAAACCUUCUCCGUAAAGAAAAUCGGCCCAAACAGCACUCCUCGUGAUGUAAAGGAAAGAUUUUCCAGGAUGAGUUCAUUUUCCAGGGAAGAGCAAAUUCUUCUUUUCAAGCACCAGAUUUUAAAUGAUACGCUUACGUUGAAGAAUCAAGGAAUACAGCACAAAUCUAUCCUGAUUCUUCAGUUGCUCGAGGAGAAAAAUGAAGUUCCAGCUUCAGUGAGACAAAAACUGGCGUUUUCCUUGUACGAUACAUCUCAAAAUGUCUGUAAAAACAAGAUUGGAAUUAGUUCAAGCUUGACGAUAAGUAUUCAGCAUUGGAGUGGUGAUACGUUCAAUGUCGUUUCCAAUCCGAUGGAAUAUAUUGAUGAUUUGAGAGAUGAGAUUCUUUCGUCGAAGAAAAUUCCCAUUGACCAGCAACGAUUCGAAUUCAACGGUCAGCUGGUCAGUGAGGAUAAAAGUUUAGGGGAACAAGGGAUCGGAAAUAAAGCGACUCUAGUCAUGAAAAAGAUGAAGAUCUACAUAUCUAUUUCUGGUACUAAUAGUAUGGUAGGAAUAGAGAUAGAUCCUGAUGAAUUCAUCUUGGACCUAAAGAAACGGUUUCGGAGACAGUCUAGGCUUUCAGCCAAAUUUGAAUGUCUUCUGAUGGCCGGAGAAGAACUUUCCGACGCCAAGAAGGUGUCUGAUUAUAGGAUCGAAGACGGGGAAACAUUGUACCUCGAUGUUUUCAGGAUCAAGAUCCUAGACUGGAAUGGAGAGCUCUCCGAUAUAGAUGGGAUUCAUUCGAAGAGCACCGUGGACGAAUUGAAGGCAAGAAUCUAUCUCUUGAGAGCGAUUCCUUCGGCCGACCAAUUGUUAAGAGUUGAAGGUGGACCAGUCAUCGAUACGUUGCGCCUUGAAGACCAAGGAAUCAAACACUCGUCGAUCGUUAUUAUUGAUCUGGCACCGAAAAGUGCUAAGGAUUCACAGCUGCAAAACAGUGCGAAAGCGAAAGAAAAAAUAGAAGACAGAGGCAUCUCUCCGACAAGAAAGAAAGACAAGUUAGACAAAAAAAAAUCGCUACGAUCGUCGAAAGCUCAUUCGACGAGAUCAAAGUUGUCAAAGGAUUCGAAGAGAAACGAAUCAAAGCCUCCCAAAAGAAGGGAAACGUCCGAUGACCCAGCGAUGGAUGGUGUCGUUUCAAAGACUUCAAAGUUGUCAAAAGUCCCGGAGAGGACGAAAUCCAAGUCUCCAAAAAGGGGGGAGGGAAAGUCUGGUAAACUGAGGCAGCCCUUACUAAAAACUCGAAGUUUGGUUUCAAAAUCAUCCAAAGCUGCAAUCAAGUCUAAAGGGAAGAAAUCGGAGUUUUCAAGAAGAGCGAAGGAAAAUUCCGACAAGCCGGCGAUGGAAAGCACGGAUUCUAUGACACCGGAGCUGUCGACCGACCUGAAGAGAAAGAAGCUCAAGCGAUUGAAAGUAACGAAACAAAAAUCUCGUGAAUCUAUAUUAUCCAUGUCGUCAGCAGUGGAAAGCUUGGAAUCAAACUUAUCAGAAAAGCGAAAACUCUUGAAAAAAAAGAAAGGCAAGUCUGUGAAACGAAAGAAAGAGAAACCUCUCAAUUCCAGGAUUGCAAGUUCCGACAAAAGCACGCUGAGAGUCGUCCAGUAAGACGGCAUACAUCUGAUGAUUCUACAAAAAACUUAUUCGAUUUCGACUAGAUCUGGACUAGAAUGGAAAGAGUUGUUGUAAACUGCAAACUAAUAUCUACAUAUUGUAGCGUUGGUAUUAUCAUUUAGACGACUGGUUAAUUGCGGUUGUAUGUUCCACAAAAAAAAACAAUUAUUUAAGU